AGCGCUCGGCGCGUCACUCUCUCUCCUUCUCUCCCUGUGUCCGCUUCAAACCCAUAUUCCACAGGGAACGAGACACACAUACACACGCGCUCAGACUGAGAGAGAGAGAGAGAGAGAAAGAGAGAUAGAGAGUGUGUGUGUGUGUGGAAGAGAGAGAGUGAGAAAGAGAGAGAGAGUGUGUGUGAUUUGGAGCUGGGAGAAGAGCAGCAGAAGACACAGAGGAGAGGAAAAACGGAACAACAAAGAGCCAAAUGGCACUCAUGGCAGGGAUUUUAUUCACGGUCGCUUCACUUGUUUUUUGGAUUGCUACUUUUGUUUCAGCCGCUAGGAUAUACCCCCCAAACGAAGUCACGUUGUUGGACUCCAGAUCUGUGCAGGGGGAGCUGGGAUGGGUCGCCAGUCCCACGGAAGGAGGGUGGGAGGAGGUGAGCAUUAUGGAUGAGAAAAACAUUCCCAUUCGAACGUACCAGGUGUGUAAUGUCAUGGAGCCAAACCAGAACAACUGGCUCCGCACCGACUGGAUUCCCCGUGGUGGUGCCCAGCGAGUCUACAUAGAGAUCAAGUUCACCCUCCGAGACUGCAACAGCCUGCCAGGGGUCAUGGGAACCUGCAAGGAAACCUUUAACCUUUACUACUACGAGUCCAACAAUGACAAAGAGCGCUAUAUCCGUGAGAACCAGUUCGCCAAGAUCGACACCAUUGCCGCGGACGAGAGCUUCACACAGGUGGACAUUGGCGAUCGCAUCAUGAAGCUGAACACGGAGGUGCGAGACGUUGGCGCCUUGACCAGGAAGGGCUUCUAUUUGGCCUUUCAGGACGUCGGAGCGUGCAUUGCCCUCGUGUCUGUCCGGGUUUUCUACAAGAAAUGCCCUCUAGCGGUGCGCAACCUGGCCCAGUUUCCAGACACCAUCACUGGGGCAGAUACGUCCUCGCUUGUGGAAGUUCGUGGCUCCUGCGUGGAUAAUUCCGAGGAAAAGGAGGUCCCAAAGAUGUACUGUGGGGCUGACGGAGAGUGGUUGGUCCCCAUUGGGAACUGUCUGUGUAACCCUGGAUAUGAAGAGCGCAACACAGAAUGCCAAGCCUGUAAGAUCGGCUACUACCGAGCUCUGGCCACCGACGGCUCCUGCUCCAAGUGUCCGCUCCACAGUUACUCGGUGAGGGAAGGCUCCACCUCCUGCGUCUGUGACAAGGGAUACUUCCGCUCGGAGACAGACCCGGCGUCCAUGCCCUGCACCCGUCCUCCGUCUGCGCCCGUCCACCUCAUCUCCAAUGUGAACGAGACCUCCGUAAACCUGGAGUGGAGCGCACCCCGGAGCUCAGGAGGUCGUCAGGACCUGACCUACAACGUGGUGUGCAAACGCUGUGGACCGGACGGCCGACGAUGUCAGCCCUGCGGCAACGGCAUCCACUUCAGCCCGCAGCAGCUGAGCCUGAAAGGAACCAGGGUGUCCAUCAACGAGCUGCAGGCCCACACCAACUACACCUUCGAGGUGUGGGCGGUCAACGGAGUGUCACCUCAGAGCCCGGGGCCUGAGCAGGCCGUGUCAGUGACCGUCACCACCAACCAGGCGGCUCCAUCUCCAGUGACCUCCAUCCAGGCAAAGGACAUCACAAGACACACCAUCUCACUGGCCUGGCAGCCUCCAGACAGAGCCAACGGGGUCAUCUUAGAGUAUGAAGUCAAGUACUAUGAGAAGGACCAAAAUGAAAGGAGCUACCGGAUCAUAAAAACAUCAUCGAGGAACACGGAAAUCAAGGGCCUGACCCCUCUGACCUCCUACGUCUUCCACGUGCGUGCUCGCACCGCGGCGGGCUACGGAGAAUUCAGCGGCCCGUUUGAGUUCAUGACCAACUCUGUCCCUGCUCCCAUUAUUGGUGAUGGGACAAACUCCACGGUGCUGCUGGUGUCCGUGGUGGGCAGCGUCGUCCUGCUCAUCAUCCUCAUCAGUGCUUUCGUCAUCAGCCGAAGAAGAAGUAAGUACAGCAAGGCGAAGCAGGACUCUGAUGAGGAGAAGCAUUUACAUCAAGGAGUGAGGAUAUACGUCGAUCCUUUCACGUACGAGGACCCGAACCAGGCCGUCAGGGAAUUUGCCAAAGAGAUCGACGCCUCCUGUAUCAAGAUUGAGAAAGUCAUUGGCAUCGGAGAGUUUGGCGAGGUCUGCAGCGGCCGCUUAAAGAUGCCCGGCAAGAGAGAGAUCUGUGUGGCCAUCAAGACUCUGAAGGCCGGCUACACGGACAAACAGAGGAGGGACUUCCUGUCUGAGGCCAGCAUCAUGGGCCAGUUCGACCAUCCCAACAUUAUUCACCUGGAAGGCGUGGUCACAAAAUGUAAACCAGUGAUGAUAAUCACCGAGUACAUGGAAAACGGAUCACUGGAUGCAUUCCUGAGGAAGAACGACGGCCGCUUCACCGUCAUCCAGCUGGUUGGUAUCCUGCGUGGCAUCGCGUCGGGCAUGAAAUACCUUUCGGAUAUGAGCUACGUUCACAGGGACCUGGCAGCGCGCAACAUCCUGGUCAACAGCAACCUUGUGUGCAAAGUGUCUGACUUUGGAAUGUCUCGAGUGCUGGAGGACGACCCUGAGGCGGCAUACACCACCAGGGGAGGAAAGAUUCCCAUUCGCUGGACGGCUCCAGAGGCCAUCGCUUACAGGAAGUUCACCUCGGCUAGCGACGUGUGGAGCUACGGUAUCGUCAUGUGGGAGGUGAUGUCGUACGGCGAACGGCCAUAUUGGGACAUGAGCAACCAAGACGUCAUUAAGGCCAUUGACGAGGGCUAUCGGCUGCCACCACCCAUGGACUGCCCCGUGGCUCUGCAUCAGCUCAUGCUGGACUGCUGGCAGAGAGAGCGAGCCGACCGUCCAAAGUUUGGACAGAUCGUCAACAUGCUGGACAAGCUGAUCCGCAACCCCAACACCCUGAAGAGGACCGGGGGAGAGAGCGCCGUCAGGCCCAAAACCACCCUGCUGGAGCCCGGCAGUCCAGAGGCAUCUUCAGCCGUGGCCACAGUGGAGGACUGGCUGCAGGCCAUAGGCAUGGAGAGAUACAUGGACAACUUCACAGCUGCUGGCUACACCACCCCAGAGGCCGUGGUCCACAUGACACAAGAGGACAUGGCUCGCAUAGGCAUCUCCUCAACAGCCCACCAGAACAAAAUCCUGACCAGUGUCCAGGGAAUGCUGUCCCAGAUGCAACAGAUGCAAGGCAGAAUGGUUCCAGUCUGACAGAAUCAACCGACCACAGCAACGAGGAAGAAAAAAGACUUUGUUUCUUACGAUAAAAAAAGAAGAAAAUCAAAAAACUAAAAAGAUGAAAUAUAGAAAAGGAGACAAAUAAACUCUGAAGAAAUAGUUUACCUCAUCCAUGCACUUUAAAUUGGACUGAACAAAAGAUGACAUUGAUGAAGAAGAAAAAAAAAAGUGGCCAAAAUUGCACUUUUUUUUCCGAAAUCAGACCUUUACCUUGCCCUCUUUUUGUUGUUUUGGAGAUCAGGGCACUUGUGUCUGCAGCGUUUAUGGAUAGAUGAAGGGAAGUGCUUCCGAGGGGCCAAUCUGGAGUGCCUUUAAUGGUCUGGAAGGAAAAGUUGGAAAAAGGGGGGAACCACACCUUUCUUCCUUGCCCCAGGCAGAGUGUUGUUUUUGGAACUUUUGCUGUGGAAUAAAUCGCGAGCAGAUUUCUAUCUUUUUCUGUUGAUAUCCUGUGACUGUGUUCAUUGUACAUGAAGUUGUUUCUGUGGAACUUGCCGGCAGCCCCAGCCACCGAUGUUCGCUCUCUCUCAGCUGGAUCUGUUUGCUAUCUCGCGGACAAAAUGGAGGAUUCUGAAGCAUCAGACAGAAACAGGGUUCUUUUUACAAGUUGAGACUUGGAUUCCAAGGGGGAGCCUAGUGUAAGGAGGGCACUAUUUUUUUUACUGUUCUCCUUUUUGUUCUUUUUUUUUUUCUUCUCUGCCUUGUUUUCUCCCUCUAAGAACACGGUGUUUUGUUGCCCAAAGGAACGUUGCCAAGAAUGUAUUGAUCUUCCAGAGGAGAACUUCCCAAUCCCCUGCCUUCCCCCAAAAAAUACUCAACCACACCUCACUUAAAAAUACAGUUUGGCUUCUUCCACUCUUUGAAGCGGCUGCUGGACUCGCCAUUUUCUUCCUUCCACCUCUAAAGAUGGAGAGCCGUGUGGACUCACUGAAACUCAGUCUGCAGGUGAAGCAGAAGGCUGGAUUUACUCAAGCAAAGUGAUGCAUCAAAGGACAAUAUGGCUGCAGAAUCAUCAGCUCCGUCAAUGACAAGAAAAACGCAGCCACUACUCUACUGUGUGCAUUAUCAAGCUGCUGCCGUCCGAUCUCAGCCUCACUCGCCACAACCACAACUCUUCCUCACUAGUCUUCCUCCGUCCAGCCCCCUCCUCACCCUCCUCACCCUCCCUGUGUAACCUUGUGUCAUUUUCGACCAACUUGCCACCACCUCGCUCGUGGCUGUCCAGCAAAGUACUGGGAACUCUAUGAAUGAUUUAACCGAAUCACACAGAGACAAUAAGAAGAAUGUAAUAUAAUAGAGAAGUUCUGCUCCAGUGGACGACGUUCUUUUAUUUGGUAAAAAAAAAAAAAAAGUCUCGGUUUAUUUUGUGAAUUUUGAUUUUGUUGCCUACUUUUCCCUCCGCAUGUAAAGAAACAAGUGUUUGAGCUGAUUGUGUGACUGUGAUGACGUGUGUGCACGUGUGUGUGUGUGUGAGUCUUUGAAGUAAUAUCAGUAACUGUGUUUGUUUUCAUGCCACUGUGGAGGAGGAAGAGAUAACAGACGUAUUGUUUUAUAAAGAAAAACAGCCUACUUUUUGUUUUUGCUGAAAAAAAAAAUUCAAUUUUCUUUUUUUGUCUGCUCUCAUUGUUCAAGUCUCUACUUAUUCACACAGUUUCAUAGAACAAACUCUGCUGUGGACGUAACUGAGGUUUGGAAACGGUCAAAAAGUUUUGGACUCUCUGAGAGCAGGACAAAUCAAAGAGACACACAGGAGACGUCUCUGGGCCGGGGUUUGAACCUACACACAGUGUCAACAUUCAGAGAAGUGUUUAAGGAAGGAUUUUUUUUGUUGUAUUUUAUUUUCAUUUAAACCACAUCAAACCACUGCAGGUUUAAAUCACCGGACUUUGUUCCUUUGUUAUCUCUUUAAAGUAUACUUAUGUGAAUGUUUCUGAAUCCGUAAAGUGACGCUUUCGACGACACCUCCGCCCUUAAUACUGCUCUACUGCUCUUUCUGGUUUAGGCAUGUGUUUGUUUUGAUCUGUCGUAAGAGGACCUGUUUGGAAAUAUGCAAGUUACAUUGGCGAGUAGAAGGAAACCAGAAUGUACUGUAAAAUACUUUUUUCCUUUACGUAAAUGUCAGAAGAGUUACAAAAAAAAAGAGUGUUAAAUAAUCAGAGCUAUUUUUGUCGUUGUACGCCUUCCAUUGCCACGUGGAUGUAACAUUCUCUCUCACUCUUCUCUCUUUUUGUACUUUUGUUUGGACACGAUCAUAUUUCUUGGUUUUGUUUUGUUUGUUUUUUUUUGGUUUAUAUUUUGUUUUUUGUCCCGGAGCUCUAGGUACAUGUAACUUAUGUCAUUUAUUUAUGUCCUUUUAUAUCUAGUUUGUAAAAUAAUAGCAUAAAGUGAAGAAAAUAAAGGGGGUGCCGCAGUGCAUUCUUAUUAAAGUAGAAACCA